AUGGCCGAGUUGAAACCGUACCGAUUCGGCUAUUAUCUCUGGAACUACGUUCCGAAUAUCAUUGCUGCGAUUCUGUUUGCCUGGAUAUUCGCUCUUCUGACCAUUACCCUGUUAUGGAAAAUGUGCAAGACGAAAACAUGGUACUUUACUGCCUUCGUUAUCGGUGGACUUUUUGAAGUUAUAGGAUUCGCAGCUCGGGCUUCAGCACACAGCAAAACCGACCAGCUUAUGCCCUUUGUCAUCCAGAAUACCUUCAUCUUGUUGGCCCCAGCGCUCUUCGCCGCCUCCAUCUAUAUGAUUUUGGGCCGUGUCAUAAUUGCCUGCAACGGCCAAGCACACUCGCUUGUUCCGAUGCGGUGGCUCACCAAGACCUUCGUACUCGGUGAUGUCCUCUCCUUUACUGUCCAAGGUGGAGCAGCCGGCCUUAUGGCAACUGGAGACAAUGCGGCCCUGGGCGAAAAGAUCGUCGUUGCGGGAUUGUUCAUCCAGAUUAUCAUCUUUGGGUUUUUCAUGGUUACCACUGUGGUUUUCCAUUUCCGCAUGUCUAGGCAUGCUACGGUAGAGUCGCAGGAUCCAGAAGUGGCGUGGAGACAGCGUCUGGCCAUCUUGUACGCCGUCAGCAUACUCAUCAUGGUACGAUCUGUCUUUCGAGUUGCCGAGUUCGUUCAGGGCCAAGAAGGAUAUCUACUCCAAAACGAAUGGCCCAUAUACGUUUUUGAUGCCCUCUUAAUGGCGCUCGUUAUGGCAGCUUUUGUGUUGAGGUAUCCGGGAACGUUUGGACGUCAUACACCCAAAAGCGACUCCGUACUGCUCAGGUCUUGGAAAUGA